AUGCUAAAGACAACAACUAGUGAUACUAUUAGUGCAACACCACGCGCUACCAUAAAGAUAUCAAACACAUCCACUAUUCGUCAUUUGACCAAUGCCGAUGUUAGAAAAGCUGCAUUAUGUUUGCUUGAGGCAUUCAAAGAAGAUCUGUUGGCUAAGCUAUUAGUCUGUCAUUUACCAGAAAAUAAACGUAAAUACGCUGAGCUUUGUCUUUAUGAAGCAUAUUUGCGUCAACAUAUCAAGCAUGGAAUCGUAUUAGGACAAGGCGAAACCAAUGAAGGCUUUGAAACUGUUUCAAUUUGGGCAUGUCCUGAAAGUGUACACCAAGGACUUGAUUCGUUUGGUACACUUAUGGAAUCUGGUUAUGAUAAAGUAUGGCAAGUUUUUGGUGAAGAAGGUAGACAGAAGGUUUUCUAUGGUAUGUUACCAUUAUUGCAUGAUUCCUGUGAACGGAUUAUAAAUAAUGACUCUCGAUUCAAGAACAAAGGAGUUUACACUUUGGUUUAUGUUGGUAGUAGAGACUGUGCUCGUGGUAAGGGGAACUUGCGCAAAAUGUUUGAGUACAUGUUCACCAAGUAUAUUGAUGCUGAUGAUAGUCUUGCAUAUUUGGAAAGUUCUUCACCCAAUAAUAUUCCGAUCUAUGAAAGAUUUGGAUUUAAAGUUGUCGAAGAUAUUGUGUUGGGUGAAAAAUCUGAUGGUGCUGUUGAAGGGGAACAUUUCGCAGUUAUGAAUGUAAUGAUUAGAGGAGUCAAGGGGCAUGAUUGGACUCAGGAUGAGAAUAUUUCGAAAGGAAAAUUGUAG